AUGCAGGUCACUCACAUCGUCCUCCUCCAAUUCAAACCCGAGGUCACCGCCGAGGUCCAGGAGAAUGUGGCAAGCCAAGUCAAAGCGCUGCGCGGGAACUGCAUCCAUCCCGUGACCGGCAAGCCCUACAUUGCCUCCAUGAAAGCCGGCGCCGAUGUUUCGAUCGAGAGCCUUCAGAACGGCAUCAGCCACGCAUUCGUCUCCGUAUUCGAAAACACCGAAGACCGCGACUACUUCGUGCACAAGGACCCAGCCCACAUCGGAGUCGUGCAGAAUGUGGAAGAGCAUCUGGCCAAGGUCCAAGUGGUUGAUUUUAUCGAUGGCAAGCUUAUCUAA